AUGGCUCAAUGGGACGAGCCAGCGGAUUGGAAUAUGACUACCUUCUACAACUUCCCUAAAGUUACUAAUCCAACCAAAUUCAAGGAUCACAGAGUCAUCGCUCUUACCUCUAUUGCAUCAAAGUUUUUUUACAAAGAGCUGGAAAAUUUCUUAAAAGAACUACCUCAUCGAGAUAGUAUCAUAUUAGCUGGCGAUUUCAAUGCCUCGGUCGGGAAGCCUAACAAUUCUACCUGCCUCGGGAACGCCACUCUAAUACAAAGUAAUAACACUAAUGGCAAAAAACUAAUAGAAAUCUGUGAACACUUCAAUUUGAAAAUAGAAAAUACCUUCUUCAAUCAUCCUAACCAUCACACCAUGACCUACAAAAGCCCAUCUUUUGGCACUACCUCACAAAUUGAUUUCUUUGUAAUUUCCAACAAUAUAUUUAAGUGGGUGAAGGACAUCAAAGUCGUAAGCAAACUGAACUUCACCUUAUUUACGGACCAUUACCCACUAGGAUGCGAGCUAAGGAUAAAAAAUAGCAUUUUUCCAAACCGAAAUCAACAUAGCCACCUUAACUCUACACAUUUCAUAAUGAGGAAAAACUUGGCACAGCUGAAUGAUCCGGUUAUAAAGGAAGAGUUCAUCACCAAUCUAACAACUUGGAGAAACACCCAAAAUGGCAUGAUCAAUAAAAAUAUAACUUGGAAGGAUAUGAAACUAAGUUUAUCAAGCUGUAUGAAUUCAUGCUUAAGACCACGAAUUAAACGUAAAGAAUGGUACAUAACUCACUGCAUAAGAACAGAUAAAAGAUAUUUUAUUGCCAACUUAUCUAGAUCCAUUCAAUAUAGCUUUGACAACAAUAAUAUUUACAAGGCUUUCCAAUCUCUUAAGUUACUCACUACCUUUAAAUCCAAUCCUCUACCAAGAUUACACAUUGAAAAUAAUAAAAUUAUAACGGACCCCAGGGAACAAUUAGCGAUAUGGACAGACCAUUACAUGAACCUUUACAGAACAAGGUGGCCUAAACCAUUAUGUUACUAUCCUUUCCAACCACCUAAUAGGAACCUGAACAGAAUAGAUAUAAUCAAUGCCAUUAAAAGACUAAAAACCCAUAAAGCAGCCGGAAUCGAUGGGAUUUUUGCGGAACUUUGGAAGAUAGAUGCUGAUUUAAGUGCUAGUCUACUGCUUCCCCUCUUUAAUGAGAUAUGGAAUACUGGCAAUUUCCCAGAGGAAUGGAUGACCUCGAUAAUACUUAAUUUCCCUAAAAAUAAGAACCCGACCAGCCUUGGGAUUACAGAGGAAUUGCACUGA